GCUACAGCCAAGACUGCCUUCCUGUUUAUCUUACCUCAGUAUAAUGUUAGCGUGCCUACAGCAGAUGGGGAGCUGGUCCAGUAUCACUAUGGGCUGAAGGAUCUGGUCACCAUCCUCUUCUACAUCUUCAUCGCCAUCAUCCUGCAUGCGGUGGUGCAGGAGUACGCCCUGGAUAAAAUCAACAGGCGCCUCCAUCUCUCCAAGGUCAAACACAGCAAGUUCAAUGAAUCGGGACAGCUGGUUGCCUUCCACCUCACCUCCGUGAUUUGGUGCUUGUACGUCGUGGUGACGGAAGGAUACAUAUCAAACCCCCGGAGUUUGUGGGAAAACUACCCCCACGUUUAUCUUCCGUAA